UGGGGAGCCUCCCCUGCUCCGAGAGGCGUCAACACAUCGGGGAUUCCUGCUCGCAUCUGGAGGCCGGACCGUACGAGGACGCACACACACACCAGCACGCACACACACACACACACACACGCACACACACACAGGGCGUCAUGUUCACAGGGAUGCAGAUGGAGAACCGGGCCGACGGCGAGGUUGUGGAUGCUGCAGCUCUGAGGCAGCAGAGGAGGCUGAAACAAGCCAUCCGGUUCCUGCACAGAGACUCUGCUGACCUGCUGCCGCUGGACGGACUGAAGAAGCUCGGGACUUCCAACCAGGGGCAGCCACACAACAUCCUCCAGAAGCGGCUGCUGGAGGCCAAACUGGCCCGGGACGUGUGCGGGCUGACGCCGAACCAGAACCCCCCCAGAACCACCAGGGGGGUCGUCCUGAGCCGGGACCUACGGUCUCCAGAGGACGAGGAGGACGACGACUUCAUCCACGUGCGCUGCACGUGUCUCGGACAGGAAGUGGACGUCCUCAUCGACACGGGCUGCAAGCUGAACCUGAUGUCCUCGCGGACCGUGGAGGGACUGGGCUUGAAGGGGCUCGUUGAGGAGGACGAGACGGAGGUGGACGGCUGCCCGUCCCAGCGCCGCCUGUGCGCCGCCGGCCACAUCGAGGAGCUGGGCCUGACCGUGGGGGGGCUCCGAGUCAUCACCUCGUUCGUCGUAGUGGGAAGUCCAGAGCCGCUGAUGUCGCUGGGCAGCAGGACGUUAAAGUCCCUCAAGUGCGUCAUCGACACCGACCAGCAGAUUCUGGUGUUCGGGACCAGCGUCAGGGAGCGGGUCCAGUUUACCCAGAAGCCCCUGGGAGAACGCUCAUCUGACUUCAGAGACCUGGGUUACUGACUUCCUCACACACACACACACACACACACACACACACACACACACACACACACACACACACACACACACACACACACACACACACACACACACACACACACACACACACACACACACAGCAAAGCAAUACCAACAUUUCCGUAUACUAGAUGCCUCAUUAGACAACUGUAGGCGCUGCCACGACGUCUCGACGUGCUUUCCUGCUUUACCCGUCAGAAUAGUCCAACAUGGCCGUUCCUCACGCAGCGCCGGCGUCUGGCGGCCCAGAGCAUCUGUGUUUAGUGAAUGUUGUCACCAGAGAAUUAAACCAUCACCGUUACCGGACCUGUGGAGCUGCAGCCUUUAAUCCCCAGAACCGUGACUUGUAGCUCGUAUAAGUCACAGGUCUGUGAUGUUCUGCCAGAACCAGCCUCCUGCAGGGAUCCUCCUCCACGUAGCACAACAGAGGACGUCUUUUAUAACCCUUUUCUAGUCUCAAAUGUGUUUGCAUUGAGGUCACUGCCUUUUACUGUUUAUAAAGUGACGCCUGUGGAGUGUUUUAUCACGUCUGUACGUCCAAUAAA